AUGGAAUUCACAUUCAGAUAUUAUAGUGUAAACAAUAACAACAAUUCAAUUACUGCUUCUACAACUAUUUGUUGUGCAGCCACACCACACAUAGGACAAAUUAAACUUUGGAUUUCUGAAAAAAAUCUCAACACGCCACAAGAAUCAUUUAGUAGUGGUGAUGAUGGUGGUGAUCUUCUUCUCGAUAAGUUAUUUGCAAGAAAAUUCAUGGUUAGUUCUGCUAUUAUAGAUAUGAAAGCUAUGAUGCUAAAACUCGCUCUUGUAGGGUAUGGUUGA